AUGGUGUUGCAGACCUUGCGGCCAUGGAGGCGGCCAUGGAAGCCAUUGCUGCUGACCUGGUUUGCCUCGAGCCUCUCGGCCUCGGAAGCUGCGGAGGCAACCCGAGCGACCUUGGAGGCACGUGUGGCCACCUUGCGGGAGGAGCUCCGGGCCGCUGAAGCAGCGCUUGCAGCGGCGGAGGAUGAUGGAACCUCGGCAGCCCCUUGGGCAGCUGGGCCCGCAGUCUGCAACGCUCGCAUGCGGACCGCUGAUCUUUCUGCUGCUGCAGAGUACCUGGAGAAGCAGCAUGCGCUACGAGCGCCGUUUUACAUCAAAGCAGCUCGCCGGAGCUUCCAAAAGGGCCUGAAGCAAGCCCAAGGCAUUGACAAGUCGAACCGGGACCCCUUCAUCAAGCAGCAUGAAGGGCAGCUGCAGCUCCUGGGGGCCCUGGACCUGGCUCCCGGCUCGGCGGAGAUUUGGUUCGAGGCGGCCAAAGUAGCCGUCGCCUUGGCGUCCCUGACCGACGCCGAAGGCCAGGCGCAGCAUGCCGUCGAUAUGUUUGCACACGCCUGCACGCUGGACCCGCCGAAGCUCAAAGAGGCUUUGGCUUGGCUGGACAAGAAGGAGUCGGGCAAGUCGUCAAAAAUCACUCAGGAAGAGCAGUUCGUGCGGAAGCUCGUGCGAGAGCAGAUCGAGGAGUGGGGCGAGUCUGGAUCCGUGCCCGUUCGGCACCCGGAUUUCCUCUCCACGCUGAAAGAUGGGAUCUGCUUUCCUACACGGGAGUACGGGAAAAUGGCCAGUGCUCACCCCAAGGAUGUCGCAAAGAUCGUUGACGGCUUUCAGGUGAGGAAUGCGUUUCCCACCAAGAUCCUGUCGGUGAAUGUGCGCUCUCGGCUGCCAGAGGGCUUCACCACACGCCUCGCCGACCUCGCAGUUCGAAAGUACGAGCAGUUUGGCAAGAAGUACACAGACAUAGAUCCCAACGAUUUGAACGACAAGUUCUUCAGCUUCCAGGCGACCCAUGCGGACCGACUCUCGAGGUCUGACGAGAAGAAAUGGCCCGAAAUGUACAGAGAUUCCGAGGACUUCAAGAUCCUGACUCGGGUCAUGAAGGGCGCUCUGCUGGGCUUUCUGAACAAGACGGGGAUCACCCUGCCCCAGGGAGAUCAAGGCUACGGUCUCGUGCUGUGGGCUGCCGUGUAUCCUGGAAACGGCGGGCGCCAUGGGUACCAUGUGCACCAGGGCUCUGCUUCCUCGUGCGUCCUGUAUGCCCGCGUCGCCGGUGCCUCUACUCCGAUCAGCUUCAUUGAUCCCCGUGGGGCACCGCCGGUCAACGAUUACGAGCAGUACGAGAAGGAGCGAGACUUCGAGCCGCAAGCUCCAUUUCAUCACAAUGAGUACUUCUUCCCGACAGAGGGCGACCUGGUGUGCUUUCCUUCGUGGCUGGUCCACAAUGUCCCGUCCCACUGGGAGACAGAGACUCGCGUGGCCUUCGCAGCAAACCUCCAAGGAGAUGGUGCCUGGGACAGCUGGUUCCACACCGCAGUUGGAUGGAGCUGA